AUGCAUCCGAGCAAGAACGUCCAUGCGCCCGAGGUCGGUGGCGCGAUCUACAGCCUCUUUCGUCAAAACGCGCGCUACAAACAGUCGCCGACGAUUAGUUUCCGGAGCGCCGACUGCUUUGUCUACUGCUACAAGGACGGCAUGCUCGUCGAGCGCAUUCGCUUGAGCCUGCUCGAGAGCCUCGACCGCAACGCAUCCACGCCGUCUCUGGCCGUCGUGCUCGAAACAGAGCCGUCCUCGAACCCAUAUUCAUUCAAUACGCUUGUCGACGCGGUACCGCCCCGUAUGUUUGAAGCCCCCAGCCAUGCGCGUGGUGUCUUUGAGGUCCAAGCCCGCCGACGUCGUGCCCCGCCACGGACGCGCUUGCAGCUACCGACCCGCCACCUGGGCGUCGAGGAAGACUUCUACGAGGCGCCUGCUGCCGUAGCCGCCGCAGCCGAGCUCCGGCUCCCCGACGCUAUCUUACCCAAGUACGCCGACUUCGUCUACCAAGUGAUGCUCCGCGCG